AUGACACCACCGAGACCACUGGUUCCGAAGAACCCGAAAAAGAAGACACUAGUGUUAGAUCUGGAUGAAACGUUGAUUCACUCAUACGUGCGAGGUGGAAGGAUGAGUUCGGGGCACAUGGUGGAGGUCAAGUUGGCGAAGCAUGCAAUUUUGUAUUACGUCCAUAAACGACCACACUGCGACUACUUCUUGAAGAAGGUCUGCGCAUGGUACAACGUAGUCAUCUUCACUGCCUCCGUCCAAGAAUACGCCGACCCCGUCAUCGACUGGCUCGAGCAAAACGGUAAACUCUUCACCGCACGAUACUACCGACAACACUGCACCUUCGAGAACGGUGCAUACACGAAGGAUAUCAGUAUCUGCGACCCAGACUUGAGAAGGGCGAUGAUUAUCGACAACUCGCCGUUGAGUUAUGCACAUUACGAGGAAAAUGCCAUUCCUAUAGAAGGCUGGAUCAGCGAUCCCUCAGAUAAUGACCUCAUGUACCUCCUCCCCGUCCUCUUCGGCCUCCGAUCCGUGCCGGACGUACGUCUACUCCUCGGAUUACGCAUGCCACGGUAG